CACACACGAAGCAAAAAGGGGAAGAGGCGAGGGAUUCAUGAAAGGAACGGGGCACAGAAAGGAAAGUGAAAGGACAGCCGGGCUGACUUCCUCGACCGAGCGAGCGAGGCGGGGAAGUUGAGUGAUGAACUUGAGAGAAGGACUGGCGAGUUACUCCUUUUCCAGAAUGUCGCAAUCGCAGCAGAGAGUGAAGAACAUUCCUUUGCUUGCCUGCAGCCCUGCAGGGUGUGCAGAGGUUGCGGGCACUGAGCUUCUGAGCAGCAGGAGCUGCAAGAGAUAAGAAACUGGUUCUUUAUCGGUCGGCGGCGGGGAGGGGAGGAAAAGAACAACCCGGUUUCGUCGGGCGGGAAAGAAGAGAGUCCGGUGUGCGCCUGGGAGUUUCUACUGUGCGCCUGAGAAAGUGUUGUCUGGGAACUGGGCUGGGCAAUGAAAGGCGUGUUCGUAACGUGUGAAGGGACAAGAUGAGCCUUGCACUUGCAGGCUAGACUGUGCUGAUGCGGUAGCUGGAGGCGGAAAGACUUCCUGGCCAGUGAGGAAGCGGGGGAGGAGGAAGAAGCAGCAGCAGCAGCCCCUCUGCAGGCGCGGAGGAAAGACGGUUCUAUCCCCACGGAGCCCAGCCGAGUGAGAAGCAAAAGUGGGCGAGAGUGACUCCAGUCCAGAGAGUGCUCAGAGGGGCGUGGAGGCCAAUGCCCCGCUGCCCGCGGCCAGCCCCAGCCCCGAGAGUCCCCCUGGCAAAAGUUUUGUGACUUCAGGCGCUUUUGUGACUUCACUCGCUUGGCGGCUGCUGACCCGCGUGGCCUGCGCUGCGCCACCUCUAUGUCUGCCGCCGGCGAGAGACGUCCGCUCAUCCCCAGGGGGAACUCCUUCUCCCGGCCGCGCAGGAUGCCCUGCUUCACGCAAGGAGCGGCCUUCAUCCCGACGCUGCUGGUCUCCUGGUCUUCGGCCGCCUUCAUCAUCUCCUACGUGAUCGCCGUGCUGUGCGGCCAUGUGGAGCCGCUCUUCCCCUUCAUCAGUGACACAGGAGCAAAACCUCCGGAAAGUGGUAUAUUUGGAUUUAUGAUUAAUGUUUCUGCAUUCUUAGGUGCAGCUACAAUGUACACAAGAUAUUUAAUUACAAAGAAGCAAAAUGAAUUGACGCACUUCAUUAGUCCUUGUUUCAACUCGGCCACGUUAUGUGUUGGAAUUGUGGGCUGUAUUGGAAUGGGCAUUGUUGCAAGCUUUCAGGAGCUAGCGGUUCCUGCUGUCCACGAUGGAGGAGCCCUUCUGGCUUUUAUCUCUGGUGCAGUGUACAUUGUGCUUCAGACCAUCAUUUCUUACAAGUCCCGUCCACAAUGGAGCACUCUGUGUACAUGUAGCACAAGGCUGGCCCUCUGUGUAGUGACUUGGGUGGCUGUCAUUCCCAUGAUUGCAUGUGCUUCACUAAUUUCCAUAACAAAAAUAGACUGGAAUCCAGGUGAAAAGGAUUACGUGUAUCACGUUGUGAGUGCAAUCUGCGAGUGGACAGUAGCCUUUGGUUUUGUUUCCUUCUUCUUAACUUUCAUCAAAGAUUUUCAGGGUGUCACCAUAAGGAUAUCAACAGAAAUGUACGAAGAGUUCUGACCGUGGUUUCCUUAUCCAUAAGGAUCGUAGAUGACUGGGUUGAUGGGGGGUUAUUAAAGAAACUGUUGCAGAGAAAUAGGAACAGUCAAAGCCGAUGUGACAGAUGAACCUGCUGCAUCAACGCUGGAAUUUGCAUACUUAUAGUCACUGCAGAGUGUCUUUUAAAUUUUACCAAUAUUCCCUCAUGUAUUGCUUUUUCUUUUUAGCCUGUUUUUAAAAACACUUUUUUGUAUUUUUAAAUACUUUUCAUGUUUCACUUUUUUAAAAGGAGAGAACCUCUGAAAGCAUGUAACUUCUCAAGAAAGCAGAACAGAUGUUCCUCCUCUGUACAGAUGUUUCCUUCUUUUUAUUUGUUUGAACAGAGAUGGCCUCAGAAAUGCAACUCGGACUGCAACCCUAUGCACAUUUAACCUGGGAGUAAACCUAAUUGAAUUCAGUGGUGCUUACUUCCAAGUAAAUAUGCUAAAGAUUACACUGUAGAAUACUUUAUCAUCAUAAUGUUAAAAUGGAGAAAAUAUGAAAUAAGAAAAAUUGAAAUAAGAGUGUGUGCUUUUAUAAAGCAUGUGAGCAGCGGUGAGAACAAUUGGGAAGAGUGGGAAAUCUGCAUUGCUGCUUUUUGUUGCUGAGGUGAUUCGUAAAAAGCUUCCCCCAA